GGCCCGCUGGGUAAGAGCGGCAUGUCGCGCCCCCCGGAUGAGGCUAACCCGGCCAAGUUCCCAUCUCCCGCUGCAGCCCCUACUGCGACUCCUGCUCCAGCCUGGGCCCUGGCAGACGGUAGCGAACCUAUUGGCAGUCUCCAGGAACAUUAUUACGAUCUAUGUAUGGAAAAGUCCAAGAAAAUUAAUCCUUUUAUAUUACAUAUUCUCCAAAAAGUGGAUGAUGAAAUUGAAAAGAGAUUGAAAGGAAUCACAUUAAACAUUGCUGGUAACAGUCGCUUAAUGCCAGUAGAAAAAGUAACAGGUGAAGAUUUUUGGAUUCUUUCCAAAAUUUUAAAGACAAAUCCAUAUAUUAAUGGUUUGGAUGUUAGAUACAAUCUCCUAAAUGAUGUUGGUGCAUACUAUGCUGCAAAACUGCUUCAGAAACAGAAUACUCUCAUUUACUUAAAUCUUAUGUUUAAUGAUAUUGGGCCUGAAGGUGGAGAAUUGAUUGCUAAAGCACUUCAUAAGAAUACAACUCUGAAAUACCUAAGAAUGACUGGAAACAAGAUCGAAAAUAAAGGAGGAAUGUUUUUUGCUGCAAUGCUACAAAUUAACUCAUCAUUAGAGAAAUUAGAUCUGGGUGACUGUGAUCUGGGAAUGCAAAGUGUGAUAGCAUUUGCUACAGUCCUUACUCAGAACCAAACAGUUAAGGGAAUAAACCUAAACCGACCUAUACUCUAUGGUGAACAGGAAGAGGCCACAGUUCAUCUAGGGCACAUGUUGAAAGAAAAUCAUUGCCUUAUUCAACUACACAUGUGUAAGCAUGAUAUAAAAAACUGUGGUUUAAAGCAAUUAUGUGAUGCACUAUAUCGGAAUAGGAGCCUACGCUACCUUGAUGUCAGCUGCAAUAAAAUAACUCAUGAUGGAAUGAAGUGUUUGGCUGAUGUACUGAAAAGCAAUACUACUUUGGAAGUAAUAGAUCUUUCUUUUAACAGAAUAGAAAAUGCAGGAGCAAACUAUCUCAGUGAAACGCUUGCUUCACACAACAGGAGUCUUAAAGCGUUGUCAGUAGUCAGCAACAACAUAGAGGGAGAAGGACUUGUUGUACUUUCACAGUCAAUGAAAACAAAUCCUGUACUCUCUAAUAUCUACAUCUGGGGAAACAAAUUUGAUGAGGCUACAUGUGUGCAUGGCUGGGAGCAGGGUCUGGGUGCGCUAGCCUGCCUGCCACCUCAGCACACUCCAGACCUCUAGCCCACACUAGCUCCAGGUGUCCCACCAAGGCAGCCUGCCUGUGACUGAGAUCAGCUGUCUCAAGUUAACACCGGAGCAGUGCACAGUCACUCUCCUAGCCUGCACCUGCUAGGCCUCCAGCUACCCUGCCAGGGUGUCCCAUAUGUGAAGAGCCCAAAGAUACCUCCACCCCACCAGGCCUGUGCCUACUGGGGUUCCAGCCAGCCAGAGCUGCCAGUCUACAGGGGACAUCCUGCACAAGGUCAGUCCUU